UUCAACCAGUUCACAUAAUGGUUACCUAGAAACGUUAAAUAGUGUCGUUUCAAUCAGAAUUUAAAAAUGAUGUGUUGAAACAUUUUCCUGAAAAACCCCAAUUUCAAAAAUGACUGAUACAGAAGAUGAUGUCGAAGACAUAUCUAUCGAAGGGGAAGAAAUAGAAGAGGAAGAAGUCUAUGAUAGUGCCACUUUCCUAUCAGGUCCUAGAUUGAGUGAGAACUGUACUAUUCACGAAGAGAUUCUGAAAUUCGAUUAUUCAUAUGGAUUUACUCUGCGGAAAUACUUCAAUUUGGCAAUGGCUGAUCCUGAUCAUCUAUUAUUCACUUCGGGGAAUAUCAUUCAUAUUUUUAACGUACCAAGUGGCGAGAUGAUAUUCAGAAGAACAGCUCUAGGAGGUGGAAUAGGAAAUAUAAGGACAAAUCCCAACCCUGAAUUUUCGCAUAUAGCAGUUGCUGAAAAUGGAAACAAGUUUGGAGCAAAACCCUUGGUGGUUAUUUACGAGUGGCCUUCAUUAGAGAUCAUUUGCGUACUGAAAGGAGGAUCAACAGCCUCUUUUACAAAUCUCGAUUACAGUCCUGACGGUAUGCUGUUGGUAUCCCAGGCUGGCGAACCAGACUACCUCAUAACAAUUUACGACUGGCCAAGGCACACCAUUCUUCUGAGGACCAAAUCCUACGUAAACGACGUGUACAGGGUGAAGUUUUCGGAAAGUGUGCCAGGACAACUGUGCUCUGCUGGGGUAGCUCACAUCAAGUUUUGGAAAAUGUGCAACACCUUCACCGGCCUCAAGUUGAAGGGUGAAGUAGGAAGAUUUGGAAAAACUGAAUAUACAGACAUUGUGGGGGUUAUUCCAAUGCCAGAUGAGAAGGUGGUAUCCGGUUGUAAAUGGGGUAACCUUCUGGUGUGGGAAGGAGGGCUUAUAAAGGUGGAAGUGAUGAGGAACAACAGGAAGCCCCUGCACGAGGAACAGAUCGUGCAGAUCUUCUACUUAGAGGGGGAGCUGUGGACGGUGUCCCAGGAUGGACACGUGAGGGUUUGGUGGUAUGAGAAGAUCGACCAGGCUGAUCCACCAGAGGAUGACAGGGUGGUGAUGAUAGAACCUUCGUACGAUUUUUACACGCCCGGGACUAUGCUGAUGUCUAUCAUCAAGAGAUAUAGGCACGAUCCAGAAUCUUACCACUAUUUCGCACAGGACGGCAAUGGCGGUAUCUGGCUGAUAGACUGCAACGUCUACGUGACUCCAGAGCAAGGUCAGAGACUGGUGAAAUGCCACGCUGGAGAUGUGAUGGAUCUAGCUGUCUCCCCUUGCAAACACUUCUUCAUUACCCUAGGCAUAGGUGGUCGAUUUCUUGCGUACAACUAUUUGAAGAGGAAGAUCGUUUUCGAGUACAAAUUUCCCGCCAAAGGAUCCUGCCUGCUCUGGCUGCCCAUUACGCUGGUGAAAUCGGCAGAUGAGAUCAUCAUGGGUUUCAACGACGGUAAUCUAAGGGUUUGCUUGCUCGAUCUACAAGAAGAAGAGGAAGACAUAACUUUCAGCGUGAUACAGAUCAUCAAACCCCACAGUGAGCCUGUAACCUGCGUUUCCAUAAACCCAACGCAGAAGGUUUUGGUCAGUGGCGGUGCGGACUCAACGAUCUUCAUAUUCAAAUUGGAAACGAAGAAGGACUGCGUUAUAUUGGUACCUAUCGGUUAUAUACCAUCGCCGGAUAUACCAAACUGCAUCAUUUGGAAACCGAACUACUCCAACACGGUGAGCGUCGGUUGCCUCCAUGGUUCCUUCUUCGAGGUAGAAGUGCCUACCGAGCCGCAGUUCUACACGACGGUUUCGUACCUCCUGAAGGUCAAGCCAAAGGUCAGAAAAUUCCUCAGCUACAAGUCGCAGAUCAGAAGGGACAUCGAGAUCUCUAUCAUAGAGGCGCGGAAAGCUGAGAAGGUGGAAAAAAAGAGAGUGGAGAUGGAGAAGAUUAAGGAAGAGAAUCCAGGAUUGGAAAUCGACGAAGAACUGUUUUUAGCUGAUUCUGAAUCUUCCAUCAAGUGGGAUCCCUUAUACAUACCGGAAACGCCUGGGGAUAUUCUUUGGAUGCAGUACACUCCAGAUAAUACAAUUUGGUUAUCGAUCUCAGGGUACGAUGCUGGUUACAUCUACGAAUAUCAGAUAGACCAAAAAGACGACAUUCCUCUGAGAUUCCAAAUGAUAGACGACGCUGACGACGUGGAAAUCUCUAGUUACGUCUACAACUACAACAGGAAAUACAUGAUUUUCGCCAUGCAGGACGGUACCAUACGUGUGAACAGGGUGAACCCUAACGAUUUUCGAGACCUGGGCGAUUAUUGGACGCUGGCGAUGCACGAAAAUCUGAACGGUUUCGUGCCCAAGAUGGCCUUCAGCUACGACGAAAAAUACUUCUUCUCCUGUGGCCAUGAUGGAAACGUUUUCUCGUAUACCUUCCAUCCCGACGAUCAAGACUACGUGCCGCAGAAGUCCAUACCAGAAACGGCCACUAGAUACCAACAGUUGCCCGAGGUGCCCGAUGAGAAGGGCCAAGACGUCCUGAGCCUGGAGCAGGCCAUGAUCAAGGCGGAGAACGACAGGAUCAUGAAGGUGGCGAACCAAAACAAGAAGAUCUACAGGGAUAAGAUCGCGGCCCUAAGGGAAAGAUACGCUGCCAUUCUAGCUAGAAACGCAGCCCUCCCCGAGAGCCAGAGGAUAAAACAGGAUCAUCUGGAGAUAGAUCCUAGGGUGACGGAAGCCUUGCACAUCCUGCUGGAGAGGAAGGUGGCUCUGGUUAGGAGGAAGAUCGCUUUCGACCUUUCUAAGGCAGACACGUUGCUGAAGAAACUGCGGUCCUACUAUCUGAACAGGGUGGAUUAUUUCCCUGUAACCAUAACUGCUCUGGUCAGGGAUACCAAGAUAAGUUGCCUGAGGCAGAAGAGGCUUUCUCCGGCCCUCUUCAACAUGCACGCCUACAUAGACAUGAGGAUCUUGGAGGCGGAUCUCAAAGGCAGGUCAAUAUUUAAUACGAAACUGCACCGUUUGAUUAUAUCCCACAGGACUGUCGAGAGGGCUGCGGCGGCUGCAAAAGCAAAAGUUGCCAGGAAGAAGAAAGCUAAGGAACUGGAGUAUUUCCUCCUUACCUUGUCCCAGUCCACAUUGGACAUGAGACUGGACGCCAAAUUCACCAGACUCCUGAACAAAUAUAGAACGAGAAAGGCUAAGUGGGAAUCUAGACAAGAACAAUGGGAAGAUUUCAUGGCUCUCCAACCAGUCGAAGGACUGGACCACCCAGACGACGUGGCCGCCUUGUCGUACGCAGAAAAGAACAUAGGAGACUUCAAACUCAAGACCAGCGACAAUUACAAAGUGACCAAUCCGCAAGAAAGGGAGACAACCCUGAAGAAGUACCGACAGAUCAUAAUGAGCAGAAGGAAGCAAUACAGCAUACGCCACAAGUUCAGCCAGAAGGUGUACAGCCUGAGGGAUCAGAAGGAGGAGGUGAGGCAGCUGCUGCUCAGGUACGAGAAGAAACUGAAGAAGAUCCAUGACGAGAUACCGCCAGAGACGAGGAAGAAAGGUCCUCCAGUGCCGCCGGAGAAGGAGUCCGAGCAUCCCGAGAAGCAGUUCCAGGUAGUUCUGAAGGACGAGGAGGCGGAGUUUGCCGAGGAGCAUUUCAUGUACGUGCCGCAGGACUACAUCCAGAGGUUCGUGGAGGAACCAGACGCAGACAGUGCGGAAAGGGAAAUAAUCCUGGGGUUGGACAGCGACCAAAACAUAGACGAUUUCUUCCAAGACACAUCGUUCCUCCAACGAAGCAAAGACGUGUGCGAAUCCUCCAUCUCCGAGCUACUGGACCUUUCCAGAGGGGCUGCCACCCCCUGGGAACUAGAGAUACGAGCCUUUCGUCUAACACGGAUGCUCUUCGAGCAGGAAGAGAUCAUCCAGAAAAUGAACGACAUCCUGGAAGACUUCGACGAUCGUCUGGAGAAUUUGAACAACGAGCGGGCCGAGGCCCUGGUCGGUGGUUUCUUCUGCGACCUCUUCAUCCACAAGCUCCACCAGGAGCUCGUUAUACUGAGGGACUUCGAGGCGCACGAGGAGGUGCUCCAGGAGAAGGUGAACGGGAGGAUGACCAACGUGUUGGACAUGGAGGACGUGAUCAACGAGGUCAAGUCGCAGAUCGAGACCCAGAAUGUGGCUAUCGAGAAGAACCUGGAGCAGCAGGGACUCAUCCACGAGCAGUUCAACAAGCUGAUACACGACAACAAGUUCUCCGAUUUCCUGAAGAAGGUGUUCAAGAAGAAGUACAAGCCGCCCAAGGUACCACACGGCGACGAUUCCAGUUCAGAGUCGUCGUCAUCUUCCAGUUCAGAGUCUGAAGAAGAGGACGACACCAGAAGUAUCGAUUCCAGAGAUUUCGGCUUCAUAAAGCAGGAUCUGAAUGUUUGUCCUAAGGGUUGUGAGCAAGAAAUAUUCGAUAAUACAAUAGCACUGCGUUCAGAAAGGCAUCAACUGGAAAUCGGGGUCAGGGAAUGCCAGAGAGAAAUCGAGGGAAUGAAAAAAGACCUCGAACUGAACAUGAAGAAGUUGAGGGUGAUGAAUCUGUCCCUCCAAGCUAGUCAAGAUGAACUGACGAGCUACCAGAGAGAAAAGCAGCAGAAGCUGAACGAAGUCGAGUGCACCAUCAUGCUGAAUCUGGAUCAGAUACAGAACCUUAAAGGUCCCGGGGAAACUUGGCCCAUCUCGGAAUGUCUGGUGUUUUCGAAAACUGCCCUGUCUAAAUUGUACAGACGAGUUGGGGAACUGCAAACGGAGACUAUGAAACUGAAGUCGAGACAUUUGGUGGACAUCAAGCAUCUGGCCAGGAUGAAGACCGACCUGAAAUACAUGCACACCCAAAUAGCGGUUCUGAAGCAGCAAAUAAUCGAUUUGGCGUUAUUGAAAUUCGGUAAAGUGUUGAAGGUGGACGUGAUCGAUGAACAUCUGGAGAAGAAGACCUUCGGCGACGAUAUAGUCAACGAAUUGAUGGAGGCGCUCCUCAGGAAGAUGGUCCACGAACUCAGGUUGUCCUUGGCAGACGUCAAGUCUAUCUAUCGCGAUGAAAUGAUACUGUGGGAGAAAAAACUGGAAAACGCUGAGAUCGAAUACACUGAAGCGUUGAGAGACAACACAGCGCGUUUGGAUUUGUUGGGUUUACUGAAAAAAGAAAAACUGGAACUGUCCUCCGAGAUAGCUAAUCAGGACAAGAAGAGAGAGAUGGUGAAUAAAAGAAAGAGUAACACAGAAGAGAUCGAAAGCGAAUUGCAAAGCUUGAGGGAUAUACUGAAGCAACAGGAGAGGGAAAUUGAAGUGAUGACGAAGGAAAUCCAAGCACUUAAAUCGAAGAGUCGUCUACCCGCUGGAAAGAAGGAGGAUGAAGGUAAAGUGGACGGUGCUAAAAAAGAAGCUUUCGAAGACAUUGAACACGCUCGUGAAUAUCUGUAUCCCGAAUUGAUCGGUGAGGAUUUCUCGGAGAUAGAGCUACCUACGAUCGGAGUUCAGGAUGACAAAAGGGAGAAGAAGGAAGAAGUCAUAAGGACCAUCAUGCAGAACAUCCUGGAUAAUUUGGAGGUGAAAUUGGACACGGUUUCCUUGGAAAAUUUCAUCAAGGAGACCAUCACGCCGCUGGUCGACUACGCGAGCGUGAACGAAAUCGUGAAAGAAAUUGUUGAUAAGAUUGGUGCUGAACCUUCCAAACAACAGCUGGACGACAUAAAAAGUGGCGCGGAGCUUUUGAAAGUCACCAGCUUCGACUUCAUGGACUCGGAGACCUCCCUUAUCAAGAAAGAAGCAGCCAAGCCGCCACCUCCGGUGUCAGCAAUGUCCCCUGGCGAAAUAAGGCUAUACGUAGGGAUGAUCAUGGACGACAUUCUCAAGGACAUGAUGUCGCAGACGGAGGAAUUCAAAUACCACAUCUCCCUGUGCAACAUCAUGAUGAGGACGGUGGAAGAAAUACCUAUAGAGGUGCUGAAGCGAGGAGAGGCGGCGGAGACCAUCUCGCAAAGACUGAGUUCUUGCUCUUGCUUCUCCAGAGAUUCGAUAGAUAAGGUCAAGUUGGCGGAAGUUAUUCAAGUGUGGGAGGAGUGCCUGUGCGGCUCCAAGGACUCCAUCGAUAAGGUGGAAUUGGCAGAGGUGGAGAUCGACUGGGACGAUGAGCACGCGCCUGUUAGGAGAAUGGUGGAGGAAUUGCUGAACAGGGUGUUUGCUACGGGACUGGAUAUCAUUACUUUUCAAAGAUGAGAUUUUUUUGUGUUAUUUUGAUUUAUUGUUAAUUUGAUGUUUGUUUACGUAACUUUUCUAUUAUAUCGUUCCACUGUUUGAAUCCAGUUACCUUGAGGUCGACUGUGAUUGUUUUAUUAAAUUUUUUCUUGUAAGACGUGCUU